CCGUGCAGGGCGUCACCUUCAGUACACCGACCGCAACUUCUAUCGCCGGGCAGUUGCUCGCGAGUUUCGCCGCUGCAAAACGCUGAAAACACCUGAAGAAAAAGAGGAAGCAUUGAAGAGGGGCCAGUUCUUCCUCAGCAGCCGCUUAGCAUGGCGGGGGUGAAUGGAGACCGUAAAGGCAAGAAGGAUGACAACGGCAUCGGCACCGCCAUCGACUUUGUGCUGUCCAACGCCAAACUUGUGCUGGGGGUGGGAGGAGCAGCCAUGCUGGGCAUCGCCACGCUCGCCGUGAAGAGGAUGUACGACCGGGCCAUCAGCGCCCCCACCAGUCCAACCAAGAUGGAUCAGAAGGGAAAGAGGAGCUGGGAGGAGCCGGCCUGGAUGGGCUCGUCACCUCGGGUUCUGAACCACGACAUGAAGUCGACAGUGAGCAGGUCGCUUCAGACUCUGCCCACCUCCUCUCACUCUUUUGAACCAGACUGUCUGCGGAGGGCAGUGGGCCGGGCGGCGGUGGGUGGCGGCGGCAGUGCCACGCAGUCGGAGAUGCUCCGUGCUCGGAUGCGUCUCUCGCUGCAGGAGCACCUGUGGGACUUCUACCAGAAGGAUGUGGACAUCCCUGCCGAGGAGCAGGCUGUGGCCAGGAGGGCAGCGCUGGACAUCUGUGCUGAGCUCCGAGUCUUUCUUCACGCCAAGCUGCCCGACAUGCCCCUCAGAGAGAUGUACCUGAGUGGUAGUCUGUAUGACGACCUGCAGGUGGUGACGGCGGACCACGCCCAGCUCAUGGUUCCUAUGGUCCUGGAGAAGAAUCUGUGGUCGUCCAUCCCCGGGGAGGACACCAUCAUGAACGUCCCCGGCUUCUGGCUGGUGCGCAGAGAAAACUUGGAGUACUUCCCCCGGAACAGCAGCUACUGGGACCGCUGCAUGGUCGGCGGCUACCUCUCCCCAAAGUCGGUGCUGGACGUCUUUGACAGGCUGGUGGCGGGCUCCAUCAACUGGCCCGCCAUCGGCAGUGUGCUGGACUAUGUCAUCCGUCCCGUGGUCCCGUCUGAAACCUUGACCCUGGAGGUGCAGUAUGAACAAGACCGCAAACUCUACGUGGACUUCCUGCCUUUGCUGGUCAUGGAGGACGGAACAUCGCUCAUCGCCAAACCUCAUCGGCUCGCCGCCGAGCGCCACGAGAACCUGUGGCGGCAGAGCUUCCGUGUGGCCGAGACGGCGCGGCUCCGGGCUCUGGACCAGGACGAUGGCGGCUGCCGCUGUGCCUGCCUGAAAGUGGCCAAGGCCGUGUGCAAGCUCAACCCUGCCCUCAGCCGGCUCAACGCCAGCCAGCUCACCAAUGCCAUCCUGCUGCAGUGCCAGCAGCAGCGCGACUGGACCCAGGAGGCGCUGGCCGACAACUUCCUGGAGCUGCUGAGGUCGCUGGUGGGCUACCUGGAGGCUGGUCGGCUCCCCAGCGCCCUCCACCCCAGAGUCAACCUGUUCUGCGAGCUGACGGAGCAGGAGGUAGACGAGCUGGGCUACACCCUCUACUGCGCCCUGUCUGACCCCGAGGGCCUCCUCAGGACGCCCGCAGCCCACGAGUAACGGACCCGGCCUGGUGGUUCUGGUCUUCAGCACUGCAUCUUUCAGGACUGAACAAGAAGAGUGUGAGACAGUGGGGUCAUGUGCCUGAGGCCACUGGAGGUCACUGGGUCUUCUCAUCAUGAGUAUGUGGUCUCGUGUGUGUGAAUGCAGAGGAACAACAGCAGCUGUGUUCCCACACAACCAUUUCAGCAUGAUUGAAAGUGCGUCCCCGUGACCGGACACUCGCUACACUACUGCUCUUUGUUGUUCCUGUGUGACCAGUGCGGCGCUCAGGUCACAUGAUGGCGGCCGGCUUGUCCCUGACUCCAGGUUGACAGACGCAAAUCAGUAUCUCAAUCGUUCAUUCGAGUCAUGAACUAAAAUCUUGAACUGAGCCGUGCCAUGUGUCCAUAGUGUCGGGUGACUCGGGAAUCCCCAGGGCGUUUCAUGACUCAGCACCUUUGCAAUCCCCUGUGACUCUCGUUCAGGGGUCCUGGCAGGGUCUCGUCACGACUCAACCUUUAAAAUGACUUGUUAUGACUGCGUCUCUUGUGACCCACGUGGCGCCAGCAGUUCUGUGCUAACACCCAUCAGUGAGGUACCAGGCGGUGUGGCCCGACCUGGAGGGAAACGGUUCUCUGUGAUUUGAAUCUCAGCAGAAUGAGUCGGCAGAUCAGUGUGGAGGUGGAAGCCUCUGGAGUCAGUCUUCCUCCCUGAUCAGCUGGACACGUUCUUCAUCUGCUCACGUGUUGAAACUGAUCCCAUUGGCUCCAGUCAGAACCACCUGCUGACUUAAGCCCCUUGAUCAGAGGCAGGAGGGAGCGCUGUGUCAGCAGUUGUGUCUCUCUUGUGCUGUUCUGUGUCACUCGUCACUGAUGCCGCUGAGAGAGGCGCCAUAUUUUUCUAUUUAUUGUACAUUUGUAACCAAAAAUAAUGAACUAGCUGAGGCAGAGUUGUCGUGCUUAUUCAAGUGCUUUGUUCCAGAGGGUCUUAACAAAGCUUUAUUUUUGGGGGUGUCACUCUGCACGCGUGCUUGUUGUGAGGGGCAGGAUGUGUAGCUCACUACCUCGACAUGGUGGAGUUUGUGUCCAACUGCAGCGUUGCAUGCCGUUUCCUCACCAAAGUUUCAGUUUCUAGCUCCGAGCACCCACUUUGUUUACCAUUAAAGGAGAUUCUGUAAAACUGAAGGCUGUUUGCUUUGGUUUCCCGGGAGCAACACUGAGUUUGUGGGGUCUUUCAGCCUGUCCCCACAAGGUUAAUUCAAUUUGAGGGUGAAGACUUUAAAAUAGCUGGGUUCCAGUCUGGUACAGAGUCCUGGUUCAGGUGAGCCAUGUGUUUUGGAUGGUUAGGCUUCGGGGUAGAGGCUGGGGAAAGGGUGAUGGCCAGGAGAGGUCCCCAUAAGGACAGAAAGAGACAAGUGUGUGCGCGUGCCUGCAUGCCUGCAGCCUCGAGAGAGUGAGAGCUUUGUUGUGUUGAUAGUCUGUUUUUGUUGUCAAGUCAACAGGUCAGGUAAACAAACUUUAUUUUAAAAUCCAAAUCACAUUGACUCAGGCUUCUGAAAUUAAAGACUGAACUGGAGCAAAACAAUCAUCCCGUGGAUGGCUGUGAGCAGAGGGGCCGGCCUGGUUCACUCUGCUGCGUCGGCCCAGGAGGCGGGUCGUGGCCUCUCUCCUCCUGUGUGGGGCUUGGUCCGGUGACAGGCUGCUACUUGGUUGUGGCGAAGCCCACACGGUCCGCGUCCCUGUCGAAAACCGUGUAGUACCUCCCGAUGAAGACGUCGCCCAGGAUCCACAGCGGCCCAGCAGGGGGCGGUAUGUCCAUGGCCAUGAAGCCGGACAGACAGAUGGACACGCCCAUUUGACUCUCCUGCGGCCAGAACACAAACACGUCCUGUGCAUUCUCCUGAGAGAGAGACGAAGGAGCCGAGUACCUUCAUCACGUAAUCCUCCCCCGUCAGGUUGAAUAUCUUCCCCCCGAUGUUGAAGGAGACCACAGGCAGCGUGGGGAUCUUCUUACAGUCAAUCAUGUACUGGAGAGAGGCAGAGUGGAGCAGAUGUGGGAAUACUGAGGCUGUGGCUCCUUACCUCGCCCAUCACCAGGGGCAGCGCUCCCACAGCCUUCUGCAGAGCUCGGACUUCUUCAGACGGGCCCACAAUCAGGGACGUCCCGGUGUCCACGAUGGCCUGGCAGCCGGCCUUACAUAGGCUCAGCUGGGAUCCCACUUGCAUGCUGUCGGGGGGUGAGUGGGGGUCAUGGCUCGGGUCAAGCUGGACUGAGGAUCGUCUGUCUGUCUGUCUGUCUCUGUGUCUCUCUGCCUGUCUGUCCUGCUCCAGGACUCCUCCCCAUCUGACGCCAUUUUUGUUAAGCUGCAGGAGCCGUUCCCCUUUCUUCCUCAUGUCUGUCAUGACAUAACCACCUCCCACCAGCAGAGGGAGACGCUGGACUCACCUAUCCAUCUGGACCUGCCAGUAAGCUUUCCUGGUCACGUUCACAUAGUGCAGUGCUCCCGUGUAGUACUGGGGAUCCGUCCCGCCCAGCGUCAGCUCACCGCCCACUGCUGCCGCCGGGUCUCUGCAAGAAAGCGGAUCACAUGACCGGCCGGUGAUAGCAUGGCCAGCAGGUGGCACACUGACCGACUGAUGUAGAAAGAGAAGACGUUCUGAGGCAGCAGCUUGGCAGCCAUGGCCGAGUCGAACACGGGGGUGACGUUGUCGACGGCGAUAGAGGGGUAGCCCAUCCCCAGGACGCCAUCGAACCGGGCCACGGCGAAGGUGAUGCCGGGCUGCUUCACCGCCUCCCCGAACUGCUGACCAGCCACAGACAGACCCGCCACCUGUGACAGUGGGGUCGGACCCGAGUCAGACAGGAAGUGAGCGCCCAGGAGCAGGGAUGGGCGCUCACCGUCACCGUGUCGCCGCUGAUGAAGCCUUCCAGGCUGCCCCGGCCGUACUGGAUGGCGAACUUGGUGCCGUUCUGGACGUAGGUGGAGGACUUGUUCGAGUUGUAGCGUCGAUGAAGCCCUGCGGGAGCAGAGGUAAGCGAGAAUCAGGACAUACGCCCGCCACUAGGUGGCAGCGUUUCCUCACACGGACUCGGAAAAAAGAGCGCUCACAGCAGGCGAUGUCCAGGAAGGAGCAGUGGAUGGACGGAACCCAGAGGUUGGACGAGCCAGUGUCAAACAGCACGGUGAAGUCCUGAGCAGGCGUCCCGAUGCCGAUGGUCCCGUAGUACUGGGCCUGCGGAAAUACCCGCCGGUAAUGAGAGUAACUGACGUCACCUCCACUUUGAGCCGUAAUUGUCAGGUCAGUGAGCGGAGGCCAGUGAUUGGCGGGAAACGGCUCUAACUUGACCUGAAACGGUGACAUUUCUCCCAGAAAAGAGUCGGUUUUCCCAGACUUGAGAAACCACCUGAGCCGAGGGUUUGGUGCGGGGCUGAACCUACGUCCAUGAAGUUGGUGAGCGUCUCCACCGGCAGGUUGGGGGUCACGCCGCUCUUGAGGUCACCGGAGGCUCGCGCCAGGUCACGGAGUUGCUCCACGGACAGACCGUUGUCGGCCAGCAUCCGACGCACGCGCCUCGUCUUAUACAGCGGGAUCCUGCCACGGAAAACACACACACUCAGCGCGUCCCGUUAGAGCCUCGCGGUGAUGCUGGCGGAGCAGCGAACACGGAAGUUUUCAUUGAGACCGGUUCACAGAAACGGUGCGUCUUCAUCAGCGGGACGCGAUAAAAUAAGUGUAUUUACCUGAUGAUGGCGAAGCUCUGCGCGACCAGCAGCGCUGCGACGAAACACGUUAAUCGUUGCAUCGUGGCCGCAAAACUAAGUCCGUCACUUGACGACGUGUUUCAGGAGAACAACUUGAUGAGGUGCGCGAGCUCAACUGACGCAGUUCGAGUUGAUGGAAGUGACCUCGGUGGUGCUCGCGCGCACUCGGCCUUCUCCGGUGUGAGUCUGCGCACUCGGCGCGUAGUCAGGCGACCUCAGGAGACGCGCAGUAAAGUUGCAGCAAGUUUCUCCAGCGGCCAAUAACAAAGUCCGUUUCCAGAGAAACCUGUCAUUUUGUGCCGCACUUUGACGUUUAGUCCUGUUGUGUUUGUGAGUAGUUUAUUCUCGUUCCUUGGCGGGAUUAUGGUUGACUUUGUUCAGUGAAGUUGUAAUAAUCCAAAUGUGAGACUCCUUCGGUUGUUUUUGGUGGUGGGCGCUAGUGGGCGCAAGUUUUGUUUGUUUCGGCUGAGACCUGUCGGCACGUGCGGUCAAACGUCUGUUUUUUUGCAACUGUCUCAGCUCAAGUAACCAAACUCUGGGGUAGCUGUGCCCUUUGUGAGGAGGAUUUUUUAAUAAGCAGCGGUCCUUUUCAGUGGAUGCCGUUUUUGUUCUGUUAUCACGCCACCUGAAAGCGGCGUUACAAGGUGAAGAAAGUUCCAGGAGAGUCGUGAAAACAUGAGCGAUAAAGCACGCGCACCUGAGAUAGAAAACCCGCGAAAGAAUGUGCUUCACUGAUAAGGACAGACGUUGUUGGCCACUGCGCUCUGCGCGCCGCCAGGUGGCGCAGUGGACACGUGUGUUUACUUCAGCAGAGGAAGCUUGUAUUUGCAAUGUUGUUCAAGUCCAGAAACUUCGCUCUCGCUGCCUCUGUUUUCUUCCUCUUUUUGAAAACUUGAUCGAAUGAACGAUCAAAGAAGACCCUGCAAGACCUACUGAGGGCCGUGAUUCUUCUCUCUGGAUAAUGAAUUUUACCUCCACUGACCAUGUUUAGAACGGGUUUUGCCGCGGCAGCUGCCUAUCUCCAGCCUCACAUUGUUACCUGAUAUUAUCGUCGCACUGCUCUGUUAUAUAAUUCACGUGGAACAUAUUACGAGCGCAGUGAGCGCAAUCGGACAGCAGGUGGCAGUAGCGUGAAGGAGCUCCUAGGAGACAUGAGAGGCGUGACGAAGAAGUUCAGAAAUGAGGUGCAGACGGAUGGAUGCGGCAGGAACAACAAGAGAGCGGGAGUGUGGAGAGCUGCGCUCGGUGGGAAGGCAGCAACAGCAGCAGAGGCUCUGGUCUGACCUCUGGAGAGCUAACCUGGGCGGCAGUGGGACGACCCACCCACAUAUCUCCGGAGGUGACUAACACACCGACAAAAACAGAGACGUCGAGGGAGGAGCCGGCAUCCGUGGCAUCUGACCUUUCACAGGACUGCACACAAGCUCCUCCACAAGUCGACUGGCAGGUGGGCACAGGAGCUACACUUUCCCAGGUUCCAGCAGAGCGUGACGGUAGGACUCCUCUCUCUUUAGCUCUCUAUCCAGGACACUUCAGACAUUAUCAGCUAUAUUCUCCUCCACCAGAUCCAAACUGACUAACGUAACACUGAGUUCCCAACCGAGGUUGCUGCAACCAGAGGUGACAUGAGAGACUUCAGCAGGGAAACACUCCCUUCGGUCACCAGUAUUAGUUUGCAUUCUCUCCUACUGCUCCUUUUAUUGUUGUUUAUUAAUGUCAUUGUGUUGACAUCCACUGGAUUAUUUCUUGAACUGAGAUCAGAUUCUGACUGUUGUCGAGUGCUGCUCUCUGUCCUUGUCACAUAUCGUUGAUUUCAACUCAAAUAACCAUCAGAUAAUCCUGAUGAUGAUGUUACAGUUAUUACGGCUAGUAACACUUCUCCUUAUGAAACACAAUAUUAAAACAACUGAAACAUUUAUACACGUUAGUCAAAUAUAAAACUUCACAUUUUAGGAUUUAUUUUUUUAAAUAUAAAAAAUAAAAAACAAGCAAAAACGAAAUAAGAAUAAAGCAGCUGUGGUAGCUUCUUCCUGCACUGCAGGCCUGAAAUGACCUGCCCGGUGAUGUUGACAUGUGUGUGGUCCUUCAGCUGCUCGGUCUGGUCCUCUAUUUGUGGAGAUGAUGCUCCAGUCUGCUGGCCCCUCCCCUCCUGAGGUUCUGGUGCUGUCACUCGAGUUCGCUGCAGGGUUUUUGCCUUUCACCUCUGGGUCCCCACGUUCUCUCACAUUAUUCCGACACAAGUCUUUGUGAGCGAAGUUCCAGUUUUACCUUGACAUUGUUCUUCAUUAAAAGCUCCAGGAGCAGACCCUCACGUUCUCCAGGUUUGUUCUGAGCUUCUUAAAUCUCAUCUGACGCAGCCACUCUUAGCGCUGGUGUCUCCCCGUCUCCCACACGCGUCCCUUUCAUCCGAUCCUGAUGAGAGUUUUUGGGCGACGACGCCACUGUUACAAACCAUUGCCGUGACAGCAAGGGACGUGAGAGGUUUCAGUGGGAUUUUAAUGAGAAUGAAACAUUUCAUUAAUAUCAACGUUUCCAAAGCGACAUGAGAGGUCAGUGAUGGACCUCCCUGGCUUCUCCUAACGCUUCAGUCUCACCCCAGCCUGGCCUCACCUCUGCUGGUAC